AAUGACAUAAAUAAUAAGGUGGCAACGCCAUUAAGUUAUUUGAAACAGCUGUUGUGGCGCGUUUAUUAUGUGAAGAUGUUAGUUGUGUAGUUUGAAACAAAUAUAAACAAAGUUUAAAAACAAAACACUUUAAACAAAAUUAGAAAUUGUGUUCUAAUGGAUAUUAAAGACGAACAUAAUGAAUCACAUUGUAAUAUAUUUGAAAUGGAAAAUAUUCAUUUAUAUUGUCGCGUCUGUCUGCAAUUACCCCCCAGUGCAGAUAUAUUAGAUGUCGACAAAAUUUGCGACGAGGAUAAAAGUUUAACAUAUAAAGAUGUUUUCAAGAUUUGUACAGAAAUCGAUUUGUUGGCCGAUAUUAACGCUCCCUAUCAACUAUGUAAAAACUGUGGUUUAGAACUACAAAUUACUUACGAUUUUCAUAAAAAAGUAAAGGAAUCGAAGCGCCUGUUCAGGCAAGUAUGUGGACAAAAUCAAAUCCGUCAGGAAAAUGAUGUCAGUAUAGUCGCUGUAGAAGAUUCUGAAAUGAGUUUAGCGAAAGCAACUGAAACUGACGCAGAACAACUUGAUUUAAAAGUAAUUCCUAAGAUCGAGGAAUUUCAAAACAUAGAAGAUGUACAAAAUGUGGAAGAGAGUAAUAAAGGAAUUGAAUUUGAAGGCAUGGAAAUUUGGCCACUGGAUCCAAUAGAGAUAAGCCAACGAAACAACAUUGAGAUUGGCAAGAAUGACUCUACAAACCAUCUUUCUAAACAGACUUGUAUUACGUCCGUUUUUGAUUGCAAUUUCUUCGAAUUGAUGCCAACGCCAUCAGCAUCAUCAAACCGAUCUGGAAGUACUAUUGCUCGUUGUGUGCUAUGUAAAGACAGCAACAAAAUCAUAAGGGGUGCAAAAGGUGUUACGUCGAAUUUCGUAACACAUUUACAACGUCGACAUCCAAUUGAAUAUAACAAAUAUAUUCAAAAUAAAUCAUUGAAUUUGCAACAAGAAAAUCAGCAAAAAAGCCAGCGGGAAAGCCAGCAUCUCAACACUGACAAUGACACGACCACAAAUUCCUCAAAAAGAAGAACUAGUUCCAUUUUUAAUUACAAUUUCUUUGAAACGAUAACAAUGCCUUCAACAUCAACCAAUACAUCUAACACUAUUAUUGCCCGCUGUGUUCUUUGUAAUGAUAAUACCAAACUCAUCAAAGGUACAAAAGGUGUUUCAUCAAAUUUUGUUAUGCAUUUAAAGCGUUUACAUCCAAUUGAACAUAAAAAAUAUGUUGAAGAUAAAAUACGAAAAUCCCAGCAAGAUAAUACUGACAUUUCCGAAAAUGACUUAUUAGGGGAAGAUUUUCUUUCAGAACGUUCAGAACGAUUACACCCAAUUAAACAUAAAAAAUAUAUUGAAGGUAGAGCACAAAAACGCAAACUGGAAAGCCAGCAACACAAUAUGGAGGUGGGUGAAAGGGAUUUAUUUGAGAAAGGUACUACCCAGGAAAACCAGCAGUCCAAUAUUGAGAUGGGCGAAAAUAACUCAUUAUUAGAGAAUUCUCCUUCAGAGCAUUUAGAACACCUUAAUCCAGUUGAACAUAAAAGCCAUGCUAAUGAUAAUACCCAGAAAAGCAGAGAGGAAAGCCAGCAACACAAUAUUGAAAUGGCCGAGAAGGACUCAUUAAAUGAAAAGUGUCUUUCAGAGCAUUUAGAGAGACUGAAUUCAAUUGAACAUAAGAAGCAUACUGAAGAUAGUACGCAGAAAAGCAGAGAAGAAAACCAGAAACACAAUAUUGAAACGGGUAAAGAGGACUCCUUGAGGGAAGAUUUUCCUUCAAAGCAUACUUUUCCUAAUUCUAUUUUUAAUGAAAGUUUCUUUAAAUUUAUACCUACGUUAUCAAAGUCAUCCAACCCAUCUAACACUGUUAUUGCUCGUUGUGUUCUCUGUAAUGAUAGUACCAAAAUCAUCAAAGCUACAAAAGGUAUUACAUCAAAUUUCAUUAAACAUUUAAAACGACUGCAUCCAAUGGAAUAUAAAAAAUAUACUGAAGAUAAGGAACAGAAAAGCAAGCUGAGGAGCCAGCAACACAAUAUUGCCAAUGACAAAGCGAAAGGUCCACCAAAAAAGCUGACUUUUCCAAAUUCCAUAUUUAAUCACAAUUUCUUCGAAAGAAUAACAACGCCUUCGAUAUCAACCAAUACAUCUAACACUAUUAUUGCCCGCUGUGUUCUUUGUAAUGAUAAUACCAAACUCAUCAAAGGUACAAAAGGUGUUUCAUCAAAUUUUGUUAUGCAUUUAAAGCGUUUACAUCCAAUUGAACAUAAAAAAUAUGUUGAAGAUAAAAUACGAAAAUCCCAGCAAGAUAAUACUGACAUUUCCGAAAAUGACUUAUUAGGGGAAGAUUUUCUUUCAGAACGUUCAGAACGAUUACACCCAAUUAAACAUAAAAAAUAUAUUGAAGGUAGAGCACAAAAACGCAAACUGGAAAGCCAGCAACACAAUAUGGAGGUGGGCGAAAAGGAUUUAUUUGAGAAAGGUACUACCCAGGAAAACCAGCAGUCCAAUAUUGAGAUGGGCGAAAAUAACUCAUUAUUAGAGAAUUCUUCUUCAGAGCAUUUAGAACACCUUAAUCCAGUUGAACAUGAAAGCCAUGCUAAUGAUAAUACCCAGAAAAGCAGAGAGGAAAGCCAGCAACACAAUAUUGAAAUGGCCGAGAAGGACUCAUUAAAUGAAAAGUGUCUUUCAGAGCAUUUAGAGAGGCGGAAUUCAAUUGAACAUAAGAAGCAUACUGAAGAUAGUACGCAGAAAAGCAGAGAAGAAAACCAGAAACACAAUAUUGAAACGGGUAAAGAGGACUCCUUGAGGGAAGAUUCUCCUUCAAAGCAGACUUUUCCUAAUUCUAUUUUUAAUGAAAGUUUCUUUAAGUUUAUACCUACGUUAUCAAAGUCAUCCAACCCAUCUAACACUGUUAUUGCUCGUUGUGUUCUCUGUAAUGAUAGUACCAAAAUCAUCAAAGCUACAAAAGGUAUUACAUCAAAUUUCAUUAAACAUUUAAAACGACUGCAUCCAAUGGAAUAUAAAAAAUAUACUGAAGAUAAGGAACAGAAAAGCAAGCUGAAGAGCCAGCAACACAAUAUUGCCAAUGACAAAGCGAAAGGUCCACCAAAAAAGCGGACUUUUCCAAAUUCCAUAUUUAAUCACAAUUUCUUCGAAAGAAUAACAACGCCUUCGAUAUCAACCAGUUCACCUAACGCUAUUGUUGCUCGUUGUGUUCUUUGUAAUGAUAAUACCAAACUCAUCAAAGGUACGAAAGGUGUUUCAUCAAAUUUUGUUAUACAUUUAAAGCGUUUACAUCCAAUUGAACAUAAAAAAUAUGUUGAAGAUAAAAUACGAAAAACCCAACAAGUUAAUACUGACAUUUCCGAAAAUGACUUAUUAGGGGAAGAUUUUCUUUCAGAGUGUUCAGAACGAUUACACCCAAUUAAACAUAAAAAAUAUAUUGAAGGUAGAGCACAAAAACGCAAACUGGAAAGCCAGCAACACAAUAUGGAGGUGGGCGAAAAGGAUUUAUUUGAGAAAGGUACUAUUUCACAGCAUUUAGAUCGGCUGAAUACAAUUGAACAUAAAACCCAUACUGAAGGUACUACCCAGGAAAACCAGCAGUCCAAUAUUGAGAUGGGCGAAAAUAACUCAUUAUUAGAGAAUUCUCCUUCAGAGCAUUUAGAACACCUUAAUCCAGUUGAACAUGAAAGCCAUGCUAAUGAUAAUACGCAGAAAAGCAGAGAGGAAAGCCAGCAACACAAUAUUGAAAUGGCCGAGAAGGACUCAUUAAAUGAAAAGUGUCUUUCAGAGCAUUUAGAAAGGCUAAGCUCAAUUAAACAUAAAAAGCAUACUGAGAAUAGCACGAAGGAAAGACGACAAUCCAAUAUUGAGAUGGGCGAAAAGACCUCAUCAAAGGAGGAUUCUCCUUUAGAACGCCUGAAUCCAAUUGAACAUAAAAAAGAUGUCGAAUAUAAUAAGGAAUCGCUGAAUUCAAUUGAACAUAAGAAGUAUCCUAAAGAUAGUAUGCAGAAAAGCCAGCAACAGGUUAUUGAGAUGGCCAAAAAGACUUUAUUAGCGGAAGAUUUUAUUUCAGAAUAUUCAGAACGCCUGAAACCAAUUGAAGAAAAUACACAGAAAAACACAAAAGAAAACCAGCAACACAAUAUUGAAAUGAGUGAAAAACGCAUAUUAGAGGAAGAUUCUCUUACAGAGCAGACCAAUCUUAGCUCUAUUUUUAAUCAAGGUUUCUUUAAAGUCAUACCCUCGCCAUCGAAUUCAUCCAAUCCAUCUAACACUGUUAUUGCUCGUUGUGUUCUCUGUAAUAACAGUGCCAAAACCAUCAAAGGUACAAAAAGUGUGUCGUCAAACUUUAUAAAACAUUUAAAACGACGGCAUCCAAUGGAACAUAAAAAAUAUGUUGAAAAUAAAAUGCACAAACGCAAACCGGAAAGCCAGGAACACAAUAUGGAAAUGGUCGAAAACAACUCAUUAGAGGAAAAUUCUACAUCAGAGCACUUGGAAUCGCUGAAUUCAAUUCAACAUAAGAAGCAUACUGAAGAUAAUACGCAGGAAAAGCAGCAAUCGAAUAUCGAGAUGGCCGAAAAGACUUCAUUAGAAGAGGAUUUUACUUCAGAAUAUUCAAAACGUAUGAAUCCAACUGAAAAUAAAAAGCAUACUGAAGCUAAUAUACAGAAAAGCAGAGACGAAAGUCAGCAACAUAAUAUUGAAAUGGGUGAAAAGGACUCAUUGGAGGAAGAUUCUCCUUCAGACCAGACCCGUUUUAAUUCUAUUUUUAAUCAAAGUUUCUUUAAGGUCAUAACCACGCCAUCAAAGUCAUCCAACCCAUCUAACACUAUUGUAGCUCGUUGUAUUCUCUGUAAUGACAAUGCCAAAACCAUCAAAGGUACAAGAGGUAUUUCAUCGAAUUUUUUGAAACAUUUAAAACGCUUACAUCCAAGUGAACAUAAAUGGUAUAUUGAUGGCAAAUCCCAGAAAAGCAAACAGAAAAUUCAAAGACUCAAUACAAAUAUUCACGAAAAGUGUUUCUUAUAGGGAGAUUCUCCUUCAGAGCAUCUUGAAGGCCUUCAUUUAAUGGAAUAUAAGUCAUUUAUUGAAGAUAUAACUCAGAACACCUUGCAGGAGCAAUACAAAUUGACUUUGGGAAUAUAGACUAUUUUUAAACACAAUUUUUUAAAGUGGUAUCAACGCAUUCAACAUCAUCGAAUUCAUUUAACAGUUUUAUCAUUCGUUGUGUUUCUUGUAAACGGAAGUCUCAAGUGCACGUCAAGUAUUUCAUCCAACUUUGUUCGACAUAUAAAACGUCUGCAGCUAAUCGAACAUAAAUGAUAUAUUGAAGAUAAAUUGUAAAAAACCCGACAGGAAAGAAAAUUAAAAAUAAGCAUACAGAAUUUUUGGGUCAUGAGUCAAAAAUUAUCAUUGAUAGUAGUUUCCCUAUUUCCGAGAUGGAAAACAUUUAUUUCUUUUGGAAGACAAAUGAAAGAACUUUUAUUACUAUUGAAACAAAAUAAUUUCAAUUAGUAUGUUUCAAAAAAAAAAAAGCUUCUGCAUUCUGCUGUAAUACCAGAAUUAUUAUUAAUAAUACUAGAACCUGAAUCAAAUAUUAUAUUUGAAACUUUUGAAGAGGAUCAACAAAAAUGAUUACCUAACGUUCUCGUGUCCUUUUUGAAUUAUUUUAGGUAAUCAGCAUUAUUUUAACAAAUUACUUAAAAAGUGGAUAUAGCUACACACAAGAUACGAGGUGCCUUCUUGACGUGGUAUAUAACGACAUUAAAAAAAUAGUAGAGAGAAUAUUAUAAAUAAAGAGAGGGAAUGAAAAAUAAGCAAUAAAAUUAUUUGAAGCAAAAUUUAUAUGGAUUGAAAUUUUUCAGCUAAUCAAUUUUUGUAUCUCUGUAAUUAAGCUAAUGAAGAAAUAAGUGAUAAUGUUGUUCAUCAUUCCGCUAAACAUUUCUAAAUGGAUUCAUAAACGGCUUGAAAUUACGAAAUGCAAAUUAAAAAAUAAACCUUAUUUCAGAAACUUUUCCAUAACGUAUAUAAGUCAUUUAUUAAACGCUCUGAACUCAACAUGUUUUAUACUCCCGAAUUUUCCAAAUUAAAAUGUUCUCAAUAAAAAAAUCAGCGAAAUAAAAGUAUUAUAGCUACUCAAUCAACUUAUUAAAAGAGACAAAUGUUAUGUAUACGCAGAGGACAUAUACAUUUAAAACAACAACAAUGCAAAGGCUCAUAGCAGCAACAAGAAAAUAAUUGAACUCCAUUCCGAAGAAAUUGAGUACCUAAAGCUAUCUAUUCUUUGGAAUCAAAUAAAUUCUGUUGUAAUUAAAAUCGCAAAAUCCAAUAUCCUAUUUGAAUGUCUUGUAAUUGAAAUUAGAACUAUAAUGUAAUGAAGUUAACUUGCUCUGA